AUGGGUGGUCAAUUGAGUAAAGCGCUCGGUACGUCCCCCUCCUCAUUCUUCCCCUUCUACUGCCUUGGCGAUCUGCCAAAGGAAGGAGAUGGGGAUGGGACGCGCAAAUUGUUUGGGAACAAGGAGAUGCGGAUUUUGAUGCUGGGUCUUGACGCUGCGGGAAAGACUAGUGAGUCGAGUCUCGCCUUCUUCUCUUCUUCUCCCACCCCCCUCUCCUUUUCCUGCCCCUGUACUUUCCUUCUCCCUCAAGUCCCUUCUUACUUUUUCCCCCUCGCGCCCAACUGGAGGAAACCGGACACUGCUGACGGGGCCACCUCUUUUCCAAAAGCGAUCCUGUACAAACUCAAACUGAACCAAAGCGUCACCACCAUCCCCACCGUCGGGUUCAACGUCGAGACGGUUACGUAUAAGAAUGUCAAGUUUAAUGUUUGGGUACGUUCCCCCCCCUUCCUCUUCUUCCUCUUACUUCCCCUGUUUGCUUUGAACCCUGAGGAGAGGGAAGGAAAGCUGAUGGAUUUUGGUUUUCUCUCUCUCCCCUCAUCCUUCCUCUUCAUGCUCGUCUAUCCACUCUUCCCCCUCCCCCUCCCCCCACAGGACGUAGGCGGCCAAGACAAGAUCCGCCCCCUCUGGCGGCACUACUACACCGGCACCCAAGGCCUCAUCUUCGUCAUCGACUCGAACGACCGGGACCGCAUCGACGAAGCCCGCGGCGAGCUCGAAAGGAUUUUGAGCGAUAGAGAGAUGCGGGAUUGUUUGUUGAUGGUUUUUGCGAAUAAGCAGGAUUUGCCGGGUGCCAUGUCGCCAGCAGAAGUCACGGAAAAGCUGGGGUUGCAUAGGAUGAAGGAGAGGAGUUGGUAUGUGCAUCCUAGGUACGUUUCUCUUCCUUCCUCCCCCUCCUUCUACUUCUUCUCCUCCUCCUUCUCCUUCUCCUUCCCCUCCUCCUCCUCCUUCUCUCCAGUCCACGGUUUGCGCCACGACAGGCGAAGGGUUAUUCGAAGGUCUUCAAUGGUUGAGCCAGAACGUCAAGGGGACAAAAUCAUAGGAAGCCCCUUCCCCCUUCCUUCCCCCUUCCCUCCCCCUUCCCUCCUUUCUCCCUCCCUCCCUCCCUCUGGCCCGUUCUCCCUUGGUUCUUCCGUAAUCCCUCGGCAGGUCCUCACCCAUUCCUCGUCGAUCCUCCACCAUCCACCGUCCAACGCCGUCUUCCCUCCCAUGUCCUACUGUCCUACUGUCCCCCAAUCCCACCAAUCCCACCGAUCCGACCUUCUGCUGUGGAUAUUUCGAGUAUAA